GCGGGCGACUAGCAGACGGUCUUGCGGACAGGCGAGGACGCGGUUCCGCGUCACUCAGGAGCCAGCAUGAACGGAUGCGCUGACUACGCCCCCAGCCCCAGUGACCCUUCCAGGGAGCCUGUGGAGCCCUGGCCCAGCCAAGCCCCCCUCCAGGAGGACGUGGACAUGAGCGAUGGCGCAAGCGGGAAUGAAACCAACGAGAACGGCUUGACGGGGCAGGACUCACGGGGCAGCAACGGUGACGGCAGCGGCCGGGAGCUGGGGAUGCUGCUGGGGCCGCCCGGCACCUGCCAGGGUCCAGGUACAUUUAGCCUGAUGAUGGUGAAGUCUGAACACCACCCGUCCACAAGUGGCUGCAGCAGCGAGCAGUCCACCAAAGUGGACGCCCACAAAGAGCUGAUCAAAACGCUGAAGGAGCUGAAGGUCCACCUCCCUGCGGACAAGAGGGCCAAGGGGAAGGCCAGCACCUUGUUGACCCUCAAGUACGCCCUGAGGAGCGUGAAGCAGGUGAAAGCCAAUGAGGAGUACUACCAGCUGCUGAUGUCCAGCGAGAACCACCCCUGCAGCGCCCACGUGCCCUCCUACACGGUGGAAGAAAUCGAGAGCGUCACCUCCGAGUUCAUCGUGAAGAACGUGGACAUGUUUGCUGCGGCCGUGUCCCUGGUGACCGGGAAGAUCCUGUACAUCUCUGACCAAGUGGUCUCCAUCUUCCACUGUAAGCGGGGCACCUUCCACGACACCAAGUUCGUGGAGUUCCUGGCGCCCCGCGACGUGGGCGUGUUCCACAGCUGCACCACACCGUGCAAGCUGCCGCCCUGGAGUGUCCGCCACCGAGCAGACUCUUUUACUCAAGAAUGCAUGGAGGAGAAAUCUUUCUUUUGCCGCGUCAGUGUCGGCAAAAACCACGAGAGCGAAAUCCGCUACCACCCGUUCCGCAUGACGCCCUACCUGGCCCAGGUGCGCGACCAACAGGGCACCGAGAGCCAGCUGUGCUGCGUGCUGCUGGCGGAGAGGGUGCACUCGGGCUACGAAGCCCCUAGAAUCCCUCCCGAAAAGAGAAUUUUUACGACCACACAUUCGCCAAAUUGUUUGUUCCAGGACGUGGACGAAAGGGCGAUCCCCCUCCUGGGCCACCUGCCCCAGGACCUGAUCGAGACCCCUGUGCUCGUGCAGCUGCACCCCAGCGACAGGCCCCUGAUGCUCGCCAUCCACAAAAAGAUCGUGCAGUCCGGCGGGCAGCCUUUCGACUAUUCCCCCAUCCGGUUCCGUGCCCGGAAUGGGGAGUACAUCACGCUGGACACCAGCUGGUCCAGCUUCAUCAACCCGUGGAGCAGGAAGAUCUCCUUCAUCAUCGGGAGACACAGAGUCAGGGUGGGGCCUUUGAAUGAGGACGUGUUCUCGGCUGAGCCGCGCGUGGAGGAGAAGGCCCUGCAGCCCGGCACCCAGGAGCUCACGGAGCAGAUCCACCGGCUGUUGCUGCAGCCCGUCCCACACAGCAGCUCCAGCGGCUACGGGAGCCUGGGCAGCAGCGGGUCCCACGAACACCUCCUGAGCCAGACCUCCUCCAGCGAAUGCACCGGCCAGGAGGACCCCUGCCGGAGGAGAGCCGAGAUUUGUAAAAAUGGUAACAAGGUCAAAAGCAAAAUUCCUUAUCCGGAUGAAUCUGGAGAACAAAAGAACAAGUCUGCUGCAGAAAUGCAAAGCAGUUCCCCGGCUCAGAGGAAAGCUGUUCCAGCCACGGAAAAGGACAGCUCCAGGGCCAGCCUGCCCGAGGCCAGCCUUCCUGAGGAGCUGGCCUUCAAGAACCCGCUCGCCGGCUCCUACCAGCAGAUCAGUUGCCUGGACAGUGUCAUCAGGUACCUGGAGAGCUGCAGUGAGGCCACCACCCUGAAGAGGAAGUGUGAGUUCCCGGCACACCUCCCCACAGCGAAGACCAGCGACAAGCGCAAGGCCACCGCCGGCCCUGGGCCACAUGCCGCAGAGGCCGCGUCACCCUCCGAGGUGAACAGCCCCGCGGACGUCAGCACGCACUUGCCCUCGCUGACGCUGCCCAGCAAGGCACAGAGCGUGCUGUCCCUCACCAGCCAGUGCAGCUACAGCAGCACCAUCGUCCACGUGGGCGACAAGAAGCCACAGCCUGAGCUCGAGACGGUGGGAGAUGCUGCCAGUGGGCCCGAGUCUCUGGACUGCCUGGCGGGCUCCGUGCUGCCCUGCGGCCUCAGCCAGGAGCAGGAGCCCUUCCGGAAGCUGGGCCUCACCAAGGAAGUGCUGGCCGCCCACACCCAGAAGGAGGAGCAGAGCUUCCUGCUAAAGUUCAGAGAAAUAAGAAAGCUCAAUGUUUUCCAGUCUCGCUGCCAUUAUUACUUACAAGACAGAUCCAAGGGGCAGUCGAGCGAAAGAGCUGCUCCCGGACUAAGAAAUACCUCUGGAAUAGAUUCAUCUUGGAAAAAAACCGGGAAGAACAGAAAACUUAAGUCCAGACGGGUCAAGCCUCGAGACUCCUCGGGGAGCACUGGGUCCGGGGGGCCCCCGCCCCAGCGGCUGCCGCUGGUGGGCCUGAAUGCCACAGCCUGGUCACCGUCGGACACGUCCCAGUCCAGCUGCCCCGCGAUGCCCUUCCCCGCCCCGGUGCCCGCUUACUCCCUGCCCCUGUUUCCAGCCCCAGGGAUAGUGCCAGCUCCAGGGACCGUGGCAGCAGCGCCCGGAGCUCCCCACGCCGGCCUGGCACUGCCCGUGGACACGCAGCGCGAGUUCGCGGUCCAGCCCCCAUCGUUUGCCGGCCCCUUGGCCCCGGUCGUGGCCUUGGUCUUACCCAGCUGCUCCUUCUCCCCGGUGACCCCGAGCCUGCCCCCCGCUUUCUUCCCCGGCCAGCCGAACUUGCCGUCCGAGGUGAUUCCUGCCUCGCAGCCCGAGUUCCCUGGUCGGACCUCAUCCCCCAAACAGCCGCACGCGUGUCCGCCGGCAGAGCGUGGGCCGCCCGAGUCGCGCGUGGCCGCCCGGGCCGCCCCGCCCUCAGCCGCGGGGCCCGCAGGCAGGACGUCGCCGCCGCUCUUCCAGUCCCGCGGGAGCUCGCCCCUGCAGCUCAACCUGCUGCAGCUGGAGGAGGCCCCCGAGGGCGGCUCUGCGGCCGCAGGGACCACGGGGCCCGACUGCAAGCCUGGCUCGGCCUGGGACCGGCGGCCCGAGGCACCGCCGACCUGUGACAAGCCCAAGGACGCCCAGAGCAGCGACGCCCUGUCCGCGUCCAGUGGCCUGCUCCGCCUCCUGCUGCACGAGGACCUCUGCUCGGCCGCGGGCUCAGCCCCGUCUGGGAGCGGGGCCUCCGCCACCUCCUGCUCCCUGGGCUCCGGCUCGCUGGGCUGCGACGCAUCCAGAAGCGGGGCAGGCAGCAGCAACACAAGUCACACCAGCAAGUGUUUUGGACGCGUCGACUCCUCAGAGAAUAACCACAAAGCAGAAGCGAAGGUGGACGUGGAAGAGAGCGAGCGCCUCAAGUACGUCCUCCAGGACCCCGUCUGGCUGCUCGUGGCCGACACGGACGACAGCGUCAUGAUGGCGUACCAGAUGCCUUCGCGAAGUCUAGAAACGGUCCUGCAGGAGGACAUGGAGAAGCUGAAGGUGCUGCAGAGGCUGCAGCCCAGGUUCACAGACAGGCAGAAGCAGGAGCUGCAGGACGUGCACCCGUGGAUGCGGUCGGGCGGCCUGCCCGCGGCCCUCGACGCGGCGGAAUGCGUUUGCUGUGAAAACAAGGGAAAAGACAACAUUUGCGUGCGGUAUGAGGAAGCUACCCCUACUCUGGGACUCAGCGGAACAACCGACACCACAGAAGAGGAAAACGGACCCUCCCUGAGUCACAGUAACGAAGGGCAGACGUAACCCCCGCAGCGGGACAGCCAGUGGCAUACAUUAGAUGGUGCUCUGAGGAGAGGGAGGGUCUUCACCUGUGUUUCUAAUGAAAUGGACGGAUAUACUUACAUGGCUUUUUUUGUUUUAGAAAAAAACCCCAUCGUUUUCCGAAGGGGUGAUUUGAAACCAUGGAGGGUAGGAGAAGUUUGGGAAGAAAUAGUUUUUUGUAUUUAAAAUAUAAAUAUGGAGUUUUCGGGGACAGGGGAGGAGAUUUUCAUCAUUGUUUAACUUGAGAAAGACUGCUUCCCUCCUUGUGUCGGGGAGGCGGCUGAGUGCUCUCAGCCAGAGCACCAGUGUCUGCUGGCUCCCCGUGGGCGAUCCCGAGGCAUCGCACCGGGCUGUGACCAACAGCUAGGAUGCCACAGGUGACUCCAAGCUGAGGGGCCAGCCUUUCAGAGCUUCCCCAGGGUGUGUUUGG